AUGAUUAACAGAAAGAAUCGUAAUAUUCGUACUAAAACAGACAACGAUGACGAAGACAGCUUGCAGGUACCCGUCGCUAAGAUAGCAAAAAAAAAAAAUAGAAAUAAUAAAUCCGUUCUGAGCUUUGGGAAUGAAGAGGAAGAGGAUGAAACCUUUAAGGUGACCAAAAGUUCUGCAAGUCGCAGAUUGGCACAAUCCAAAUCAAAGCAAUUGCUUUUAAAUCAGUUAACAACAAUAUCAUCACCUUCAUAUACCAAAGAGCAUUUAUCAGAAUUACGCGCUAACACACCUGUCAUGCCAUUAUCAUUUCAAAUACGAGAUCAAGAUAAUGUUAUUGCAGAAAAAUUUCCUUCCACUUUAGGAUCUGGUCAAAUUUCGGGAAUACCCGAUGCAAGUGCCAUUCAUGCCGCUAAAAAAAAGAGAGAGAUGUUACGACAAAAAAGCGCUUUCUUAGAUUAUAUUCCAUUAGAUGAUAAUACGGACGUUGAUUCUAUGUCGGAAAAAAAGAUAGAAUCGAGGCUUGUACGCGAGGAUGAUGAGAUUGGUGAUGCAGAUGAAGAGCUCGGACAAUAUGGUGAAGAAAAAUUACCUCUUGGUAAAAGGGCCGAAAAAGAGCAUCAGCGUCUCAAAAAAGCAGGAAUAAAGGAAAUGUUGAUGGAAGUCGACUUCGAAGAUGAAGAUGAUGAGAUAAUGCAAUGGGAAAUGGAACAAAUCAAAAAGGGAGGGCAUUCACUUAAAACUUCGACAAACCAACCUCAAUCAAAGAAACCGACUGUAAAUAUCUCAAUUCCUACAGUCACAUCUAUUAAGUCAAUAUCUGAGGUCCAGACAAUCCUUGAGCAAAAAAUGAAUGACUUACAGUACCUUCACAGCACUCAUCAGUCUGAACUUAUUCAAAUCCAAAAGAACAUUGGCGGUCUUGUUAAAUCAAGUGAACAAAUGGAAAACGAAUUGCAAACUACCAAGAAACGAUAUAUGUAUUUUCAAGAACUUAAAACGUUCGUUGAGAAUCUAGUCGAAUUUCUCGACGAUAAGUUUCCCACCCUUGAAAAAUUAGAAAGUGAUAUUAAUGCAACGCUUAAAGAAAGAAUCGAGUUAAUUAUGAAAAGAAUAAUGGAAGAUGACUCGGAUGAUUUAGUGUUGUUUUCAAAUGAUUAUCAAGAUAAAUUUAACCUUAAUGAAUAUGUCGAGCAACAACAAGAAAUAGAUGAAUUCGGUCGCGUGAAGCCACCUGCUUCUGUAAGUUUUAAUGUUAGUAACACUGAUCGUCAACGUCGACGGCAACAAAGAGAUAAAAGAAGAUCUAAACGGUUACAACGCGAUAUGGAAGAUGAAGUUAAAAUGGAAGAAGGAUUAUCUACUGAUGAUGAAUUAGGAGGAUCUGCUGAAAAAGAUAUAGCUACUAAAAUAGAUGAAAUUGCAUAUCAUAAAACUAAAUUAUUUGAAGAUGUUAUCGAUGAUUUCAAAUUUAUUUAUUUGGUUAAAUCAAAAUUUGAUACAUGGAAAAGAGAAUUUUCUGAAGAUUAUACAAAGGCUUAUGGGGACUUAAGUUUACCUGGAGUGUUUGAAUUUUAUGUGAGAUAUGAAAUGUUGCUGUGGGAAACGUUUAUGGGACAUUCCGAUUUUGACAAGAUGGAAUGGUACCAAACUAUUUUUGGGGUUAAUGAUAUAAAUUCAUCUUCAGAUAUUUCGGAAAAUGACGAUAAACUUUUGACAAAAAUUGUUGAAAAAGUCAUUAUUCCACGGGCUAUUCAUUUAGCCAAGGUUCUGAAUCCGUAUUCUUCCAAAGAAACAAAAUCUGCUAUCGAAUUCUGCAAAUCAAUGUUAAAAUUUGUUGAUAAAAACUCUCCAAAAUUCAAGGAUUUUACAUCUGCAAUAUCGAGCAGUUUACAUAAUGCAGUACUAGCUAUUAAGCAUCCGGAUGCUUUCAGUUUACGUAAAUCUGAAAUGGACGAAGAUGCUUUAGUAUCACGGGAUAGAUUUUUUUGGCGCAGAUACAAAUUAAUGAAAAACAUUAUCUUGUGGAAAGAUUAUAUCCAAGAAGAUUUUGUUCGUCCACUUGUCACAGAGAAUUUGAUUGAUCAAUGUGCGUUACGUAUAUUAGAUGCGUCACCAGCAAAUGCGAUUAAGUUUCAAAAGAUACUUGAAAUUGUUCCGAGUGAAUGGUUUUCGCCUCCAACAUUGGAGAAAAUUGCACGUGGGGCUGUAGGCAUUUAA